CAGUUUCAUCAUAAAAAAACAACAACAAAAUACAAAAGAUUUAACGUGUUCAUUAUUUGAAUUGGUUAAUCUAAAAAUGUAUGAAACAUCUAUAGUUUUUACUGUAAUUUACUUAUUUAUUGUAAAGGCAUCGCAAGAGCCGGAGUGUUUCCGAUUCGACUACGAGGAGAAAUUGCUGGAGAAGAUGGUGCGAAUGGAGUUCAAAAUGGAACAGGCUUUGAAGCGCAUUGAUGUUUUUGAAGAGAUACUACAAAGAAAGACCAAGGACAUUCAAGAUACGUUUGCUGAUGUUGGACAACUUCACGAUAAAGCAAUCGAGAUCGCGAAGACCUCCAAAGCCGAUCGCGUAUCAAGGUACAUCAGAUGGGGGCGCUCAACGUGCCCUGCAUUUAGUAACGUCACACGUAUAUACGACGGCUUUGCGGCUGGAACACACUACUCCCAGUCAGGAGGAGGCGUGGAUUACCUGUGUGUCCCACAAGUGCCGGGCAUGGCGAGAUCGGUCACAACUGCCAGGCAUUAUAGCAUUAUACACGGUGCCGAGUAUGAAGUUUACGACGGAACAAUUUUGUCUUCGCUCCAUGAUCACGAAGUUCCAUGCGCAGUGUGUCUUGUUCAAGGUACAACCACAAUUAUGAUUCCCGGUCGACAAACGUGCUACGAUGGUUGGAGCGUUCAAUAUCAAGGGUUCCUAAUGACAGAGCAUGAUUCUCAUAAAAGUAAUAAACGGUUUGUAUGUAUAGACGUGACUGCAGAAAUCGCCGACGACAGCAGCGCUUCUGAUCAGAAUGGAGCGCGGUUUUACUUUGUGUUUGCUCAAUGCGGUUCUCUAAAGUGUCCAUCUUACACGACCGAUUGUGCGAUGUUUUGUUUCGUGUGUUCGAAGAUCUAAAGCAAAGUUAACUCAAUGUGUCUGACGAAUGUGAAUGAUAUAUAGAAAUACAUUUGGAUCGUUUCUUAAUAAAACAUGAUUUAGAUAACAUAUUUUCCUUAUGUGGAUGUACUGUUUAUGGGAAUCAAAUAUAAUUAAUUGGAUUUUGUUUUUG